UCGCUUCCGCCCGUUAGUGUAAACUGCAAUCUAUCGAAAAUCCCUGUCAUCCUCUGGUUUCGUUCUUGAUUUUUUCGCCAUCAAGCCUUGUGAUUGUCUUCUUUUCAAUCUCAUCCAGCUAUUUUGGGCUGCCAAAAAAUAUUCGGAGCAGGAGGCCGUGAUAAGAGACGCAGGAUUUGAAAGACGUAUUAUUUAUCUAGGAUUAACUGAAAUUUACCGCAAUGGGGACGAAGGAUGAUGAAUACGACUAUCUUUUUAAAGUUGUUCUCAUAGGCGACUCUGGUGUUGGAAAGUCAAAUUUGCUGUCUCGGUUCACGAGAAACGAAUUUAAUUUGGAGUCCAAGUCCACAAUUGGUGUAGAAUUUGCUACCAGAAGUAUACAAGUUGAUGGAAAAACUAUCAAGGCCCAAAUCUGGGACACUGCUGGGCAAGAACGAUACAGAGCCAUAACAAGCGCGUAUUACAGGGGAGCUGUAGGUGCCCUUCUGGUUUAUGAUAUUGCUAAGCACUUGACAUACGAAAAUGUGGAAAGGUGGCUGAAGGAACUUCGGGAUCAUGCUGAUAGUAACAUUGUUAUAAUGCUUGUGGGUAACAAAAGUGAUCUUCGCCAUCUUAGAGCUGUUCCAACAGAUGAGGCAAAAGCAUUCGCAGAAAAAAAUGGUCUUUCAUUUAUUGAAACAUCAGCGCUAGAUUCAACAAAUGUGGAGGUGGCAUUUCACAAUAUUCUAACAGAAAUCUACCACAUUGUAUCCCAAAAGCAAAUCCACGAUUCCCCAGGUUCAGAUGGAAACCAACCAAGUAACAACGUGCAGACUAUUACUGUAUCUCCUACCACAGAGGCUGACCAUAAAAAGAAAGUUCAAUGUUGUAAUGCUUAGAUUACAGAAGUUUUAGUCUAUUGUUGCAGAAAUACAUAUUGGACUGUAAGUCCUUCUGUUUACUACAAGCAAGACCUUUCUUCAAAGGUAUUGCAUAUUUCAUCAUUAGCAUAUUAAUGUUAGAAAUGAAUAGUCUAGAACAAAGACUGGAAAAUUUAUUGUUUAAUUUGUGUUGAAAUGCUGUU